AUACUUCCAUAGUCCAGUUGAAAAUUCCUGACAUCGCAUACUCUGGUCAUGACGUCUACCUGCUGGACCUGUCGACUGCGUAGGAAAAAGUGCGACAGAGUGCGGCCUGUCUGCACGACCUGUUCACGGUUGCGUAUUGACUGCGAUUAUAGCAGGGUCAAGCCAGAAUGGAUGGACGGGUCCGAGAAACAAGCUGAUAGGGCCAGGGCCAUUCAAGCCCAGAUAAGACAAGGUGCUUCAUAUGUUGAUGACAAGGCUUUUGCCGUUCAGCUUCAACAUCGAACCCAAAACCCUCGCCUCCGAACGAAACAGAUGAUUUUUUGUCCUCUUUGUAUCUUGACACGGUCUUUCCAUGUCUGUUUCCAUGCUACCAACCCCAAACAUUGGAGGGCGGCCGUAACGAAUCAGGCCGUGUUCCACGCUGCCAUCAGUCUCAGCGCCUAUUAUUUCACACUGGUGCUUGCCCGGGACGCGACCCAUACUCUCCGCACGCCUUGUGAGCAGCACGUGUGGGAUACUUGGAAUGGCCAUAUGGACAUGUCCAUGCGACUCAUCAGAGAAGACUUGAGCGAGACGAAUGCUAGCCGCAGACAGACAGAUGUCGUUCACGGCACUCGUGUUUUGGACGGCAUCGUUCACCUCCUUAUCUUUGAAGCAUCUAUGGCCACAUCCGAAGAUUGGAAUAUACAUCUUACUGCCGCAUUGAGCCAGUUGGAGGACAUAUUCCGCGUGCACGGCUUUAUGGAUGGCAGAUACCACCUACAAUCUAUUCUAGUCAGCAUGGAACGACCAUCAAUUUUUAAAGGUGUUCACCUCGGCUUCCGCGUAUGGAACGCCGACCAAACUUCGUUUUUGUUUUCUACAGCUGUUCUUAUAUAUACGGAUAUUGUUGCGAGCGUCUUACUCAGACGAGUUCCUAAAUUACGACACUGUCACAAUGCUUUAAUCGCGGAUAGUAGUGUUUCUACUACCCAGACUGAUCAGCUUCUGCACCUGGAGAAUUACUUUGGGUGCUAUGGCUGGGCAUUCAUUUUGAUUGGAGAGAUUGCUGCACUAGAUGCAUGGAAGUUAGCUAAUAUGGCAGACGGUAGGAUCUAUCCGGAAGAGCUUACAGUUCAGGGGAGACAGAUGGAAGCCAAAUUGUACUGCGGCUUAGAGAACAUUCAAUCGAAGCCUUUAUCACACGAACCAGCAAGAAAUACGAACCGGUCUGAACAGCAUAUCCUGAUUACAAAAUUAUGGCUACAUGCAGGUCUAAUAUACCUAUCGACCGUUAUCUCCGGAGGGCAAAUAACAGACCCUCCCAUCCGUGCUAAUGUCCACACGGCAUUAAAUCUGAUAAAAACCCUCACAUCCAACUACAAUAUUCGCUGCCCGAUGUGGCCCCUCUGUGUUGUCGGCAGUAUGGCUCAGGAUGAUGAGAUUCCAGAAUUGAGACGAAUCAUGUCGGAAUUACCGCCUCUUCGAUCCUUCGGCGCGAACAAAGAGGUUGUGAAGAUUAUUGAGACUGCCUGGGAUCGUCGUGGUCAACCUGGAAAGAAUUCAUGGAAUUUAGCAACCCAUUUCCAAAAGCAAUUUUCAGUUAAGCCCUUAGUUGUCGGAAAUCCCACGGUCACUAUGGUUGUCGUUGCCGUCGCAGGAGGAUCAGGCAACGUGGGCCGUACCAUUGUCGAAACUCUCAGGGAGAUCGGAAAACACGAAGUCAUUGUUCUUGGACGGAAGGCAAUUUCAAACACAGCAAACGUCAAGUUUAUUGUCGUAGACUAUGGUGAUGUGGAAACGAUAACAACAGCCCUGAUACAGCACAACGUACAUACAGUCAUAUGUACAAUUUCAGUUGCAGAUGAGAUCUCAUCAAAAUCGCAAAUUAAUCUCAUCAAAGCAGCGGGGCAGUCAUCAUCGGUGAAACGGUUCAUCGCUUCGGGCUGGGGUGCUCUCCCCAAUAAAAAAUCGCCAGUUUAUGCCUUCCAGGAAACAGCAAAUAAUGAGCUCCGGAAGACUAAGCUAGAAUGGACAAGAUUCUCAAAUGGGUUCUUCCUCGACUAUUACGGCUCUCCCAAUGUCAAAACACACCUUCCUACCAUCACUUUCGCGGUCGACAUUGCUAGCAGAGAAGCAGCCAUACCAGGAACAGGAAACGAGCCUAUCGCUCUAACCUAUUCAUCCGAUGUUGCUAAGUUCGCGUCGGCAUUCUUGAGCCUGCCUAAGUGGGAAGAAAUAACGUACUGUUAUGGAGAGAAGACGACUUGGAAUGAGUUCAUCAAAGCGGCCGAAGAUAUUACUGGAUCCCGUUUUAGAGUUACCUACGACCCAGUCGAAAAACUUGCUAAAGGUGAAUUCACUGAACUCCCUCCGCAUGCAAAGGAACUUGCCGCUUCACCAUUCCCGGAGGAGAUUGCUAGAGCCCUUCUCUCGAUUCUUGGUCUCUGGGCAGCUGAGGGGUACUUCAACAUUCCGGUGGAGCAAUCGUUGAACCAGAAGUUUCCAAAUAUCAAGCCCAUGACGGUCCGCGAGAUGCUAUUACUGGGACAGGGUCUUAAUUGA